AUUGCAUGCUGGGUAAGACGUCAUCCAGCCGCCAUAGCUGUCUUUCGGUGCCGGCUGAAGGAGAGAGUCAGGAAUCAUGAGAGGAAUCCGGCCUCUGAACAAUAUCUCCAAACGCUGCUAUGCCGCUGCCAGAAGGAUCGACGCGCUGACUGAGCCCCUCGGUGGCCUUAAACCUGCCACAGCUGCACCUCUAACCCCCCAAAAUGUUCAGGUGUCCAAGCUCCCAAACGGUUGUAUCGCGUCGCUGGAGAAACUCCCGCUGUCGAGUGUCGGCGUGUUCGUGAAAGCCGGCAGUCGCUAUGAGACGAUGGAAAACCAGGGUGUCACCCAUGUGUUGCGACUGGCAGCAAACCUGACAACAAAGGGUGCAUCUGCCUUCAAGCUCUGUCGCAGUCUGGAAGCAGUCGGAGGCAGCCUGAGUGUGACUUCAUCAAGAGAGGCCAUGGUCUACAGCGCAGACUGCUUGAGGAAAGACAUAGAUUCAUUACUGGAGUUUCUGGUCAGUGUGACCACAACUCAGGAGUUCCGGCCGUGGGAGGUACACGAGCUGACGACCAGAGUGAAGAUCGACAAGGCCCUGGCUGAGCAGUGUCCGCAGAUAUCUGUUGUCGAGACAUUGCAUGCAGCAGCAUACAAAAGCGGCCUGUCCAACUCUCUAUACUGCCCUGACUACAUGGUUGGCCGCGUUUCCUCUGAGCAGCUGCAUUCAUUUGUUGAGGACACUUUCACCAGCAGCAGAAUGGCUCUCGUCGGCCUCGGUGUAAAACACUCCGUCCUGAGGCAAGUGGGCGAGGGGCUCCUGAGCGCUCGCAGCGGGUCCGGAGCGCCCGUGGCUCAGUCCCUGUACCGGGGAGGCGAGCUGCGGCUGCACAACAACGACGACCUGGUGCACGCCCUGAUCGCCAGCGAGGGCGGCGUGAUGGGCACCGCCGAGGCGAAUGCCUUCACGGUGCUGCAAAGGAUUCUGGGAGCAGGCCCUCAUGUGAAGAGAGGCUCCGGCCUCUCCAGCAAACUCAACCAGGGUAUCGCCAAAGCUACUGCGAAGCCGUUUGAUGCCACUGCCUUCAAUGCCUCGUACUCUGACUCCGGCCUGUUCGGCGUCUAUACCAUCGCACAAGCCGACUCUGCAGGAGAGGUGAUCAACGCCGCCGUUGCUCAGGUGAGAGGUGUGGCAGAGGGCGGGCUCUCAGAGGCUGACGUCCUCAACGCAAAGAACCAAGUGAAGGCGGAGUACCUGAUGUCUUUGGAGACGUCUGAAGGCCUGCUGGAGGAGCUGGGCAGUCAGGCUCUGGCCACUGCAGCGUACCAGGCCCCCGAAACCGUCCUCCAGGCCAUAGACGCCGUCACCCAGGGCGACGUGGUCAAUGCUGCGAAAAAGUUUGUGGCUGGCAAGAAGACCAUGGCAUCGACCGGACAUCUCACCAAUACGCCGUUUGUGGACGAAGUAUGAACACGUUUAAGAACAGCUAUUUUACCUCUCCCGUGCGGCGCCUGGCAGUUUUAAACAGGAGGAAGAAGAAAAGCGGACCUCAGAGCCACGGCCUCCUGCAGCUUCUCAUCACAAGUCACCAAUCAUCUGUAAUCUGUCCUGCAGUUUGUGGAAACAACACAGUGCAGCCAGUCUUGUUCGGUUUUUGACAGCUCCACUGUAUUGUAUAUCUAUGUAAAUUAAAAUAAGAGUAAAACAGCUUGUUGUCGCUUGAGUUUUGCAUUUCACAAAGACCUCAGUGUGAAGUGUGUCGUGAUGGUUAAAUGCACAUAGAAGUGGUUUUUGAAGAAAUGAAGUCCAUACCAACAUUGUUGGUUUAUUUCAGCCGGUGUGUUUUUAACGCCAACAAGUAUUGUAUCGUCCUUCAGCCAGUGGGGGGACCCAAAACCACAAGAAUCAACUCGAUGAGACAGAAAACUGCUCUCCAUCCUGAUUAUAUCAUAUUUGUGCUGCCAGUACACUGAACAGUUGUUGAUGAUUUACUGAAAACCAGCAACAUGUACAUAAAGAAUCAAAUAAAAAAUACCCCGUAUGUG